GGCUCAAAUCUGCACAGAGGCAGAAUAACUCCAGUAAAGGGUGAUUUCUAGAUAAGUGAGGACUCUACAGUGUGGUUUACCUGCAUUUUGGGGCUUUUAUCUUGGAGUCAGAUGCCAGGGGUUCAUGCAUGUUUCACAAAUCUCUCAGGAAAAGGAAAUACCUCCUUCCUCAACACUAGUCUGGAGCAUUUCUGGCUGGUCCUCCUCCUCUGAAUGAUGACAGGGAGUGGAUCAUAGUAGAGGGCUGCUCCCUCUCUGGCAGUCCAGCAGCAACAUCAGCUCCUCUGUCACGAACACUGAGUGACCAACAACCUCCCACUGCUUCCCAGUCCACAUUAUGGGAUCUAAUCCACGUGUUGGCUGACAGACCAGGUCUGGAUCUAAAUUCUUUGUUUUUCAGUGGAAUCUUUGUGUUCGUCCAGCUGUGUAUCUCCCAUCCAGGACCAAGGCUCAGUCGUUGGUGGAUAGUUCAGCAGUUUAAAAGAAAGUCCUGGAGAUGGUAGAUAUUUGAAUCCAAGGAUGGAGCCUGUUAAACGAGACAUGGAGCUGCUCAGUAACAGCAUGGCGACCUAUGCUCACAUCAAAGCCAAUCCAGAGAGCUUCGCCCUCUACUUCAUGAUGGGCGUUUGUUUCGGCCUGCUCAUGGCACUGUGCCUCCUGGUGACCGGCAUCGCCUGCAGGACUCGCCGUCGCAGCAGGCCUCCCCCUUCCCCCGAGAGGAGACAGCUGAAGGAGUCCAGCGAGGAAGAGGAGGAUGAAGAGGAUGAGAGUGUUGCAGAGGAGGCGAGGAUCCCCAAAGUGAGUGAUCGCAGCAGCCACUCCAACGGUACUCUGAGGAGCGUGAACGUGUUCACGUCAGCCGAGGAGCUGGAGAAGGCGCGGCGUCUGGAGGAGAGGGAACGAAUCGUCAGGGAGAUCUGGAGAAAUGGACAACCGGACAUCCUGGUCACAGGGACGGGGACUAUUGGAAGAGUGCAUUACCACUAACAGACACUUUGACUGUUCCCUGAAAACCCACCUUACAGACUGAAAAGGGCUGGACAUACACAGAACAUUGUGUGGUGACCCCAAGUGUUCAAUAUAGAAAUAAGGGACUGCAUUAGGAAGGCUGAACCUUAUGUUCCUUAUGUUCCCAGGGGUUAUUAAUGUUUUCUUUUAACUCCUCUUUUCAUUCAGAAACAAGACUUGUGCUGUGUCUCAAUUCGGAUACUUCCAUUAGUACACUUAGGCUACAUGUAGUACACUGUGUACACUGUGUCCUUAUGCCUACUUGCGUAGGGUAGUGUCUCAAGUCAAACACUGCUGUUGUGCACUUACCUGACUAUUACAGCUUUUGACAGCUUCUUCUUUUAAAUGGCAAAUUGUAACCGGGCUGAUCAUUAUCGCUAACAUCCAACCGCUACUGUCACUUUCCAAAAUGUUUGCUGGCUUGCAUUGACUUCAAUUGAAUUGUAUUAAGAAUGAAUAAAAAUGAACGUACUUUUACAAUC